AACCAUCCUUGCCUAACUAACUACUUCCUUACUCCCCUAAGCUUUCAUAACAGCGUAGUCCCAAAAUCCAGGUCACCGGUACCCAGUUAAACAGCCUAGCGAGUCGGCCAAACCUUCUCAUUAGUAUAGUCACGAUGCCUUCAUUGCUGCUGAUGUCCCUGGCACCGUCACUCAAAACAUUGGUUGUAUUGGAGUUCACUCAGGUGCUGCCUCUCGCGCUGCUGGCACUCGUGGCAAGUUGUGCCUACUCGCGGUAUGCGAGCCCGCUCAAGAAUGUGCCCGGUCCAGCGCUUGCCAGCUUUUCGAGAAUAUGGUUGAAUGUGGGACUGGUUGCUCGUGGCAAUUUGCAUGGGGGGAUAAUGGACGCGCACCGCAAGUAUGGUCCUGUUGUUAGGGUCGGGCCAAACAAGGUUUACUUUUCGGACCCAGCGCUAAUUCCGGAGAUUUAUGGUGUCGGGACGGGGUAUCGCAAGAGCGAUCUUUACAUGAUGUCCGAUCCGGAGCCUGGGCAUGGCAGUACUUUCAGUGAGCGAUCUGCCGAAAAGCACGCGGUGCUAAGAAGACGAGUUGGCCCUGCGUACUCUAAUUCCUCUGUACUUCAGAUGGAAUCAUAUGUCGAUGCCCUGGUAUCGGCCUGGAUCUCCGCCCUGUCCUCCGAAUUCACCGUUGCAAAGACUUCCCUCAAGUCUUGUGAUUUCGCCAGCUGGUCACAGUUUCUCACUUACGAUGUCAUAUCUGAGCUCGCGUUUGGAAAAGCGUUUGGAUUCAUUGCUACACGCAGUGACUACAAGCAAUACAUCGCCUCGUUCCAGCAGGCCCUCCCAAUGAUUGUCACAAUGAGCUACUUCGAAGAAUUGGUCAAGUUCAUGACUUUGGGCUGGGUUCGCAAGUUCACCACACCCAGUAUCAAAGACGAGACGGGGUACGGGAACUUGACCAAGACUGCUACUGAUCUUGUCAGGGAACGCUGGGCGAAGGGUGGGGUCGGCGAGAGAAGAGAUAUGUUGCAACGAUUUUAUGAAGAAGGAAUGACAGAGAAGGAAGCCAUGAUUGACUCCACUCUUAUAUUAGUAGCAGGCUCCGACUCAACCGCAACCACAAUCCGCGCCGCAGUCAUGUUCAUCUGCAGCGAUCCUAGCGUCUACAGAACACUAAAAUCCGAACUCGCCGCAAACAUCCCUCGCACCAGCCCUCCAAGCGUCGUGUCCUUCUCAGUCGCCAGAUCUUUGCCCUACCUCUCCGCCUGCAUCAAAGAAGCCCUUCGCCUCUUCCCCCCCGGUGCCGGCGCAAUGGAGCGAGUUGUACCUGUCGGUGGUGCGACGUUAAGUGGCUACUUCAUUCCCGAGAACACUGUUGUGUGCCUUCACCCGUGGCCAGUGUGUCGCGAUAAGGUAUUUGGCGAGGAUGUGGACUCGUUCAGGCCUGAGAGGUGGCUAGAAGAGAAGGAUGAGAAGCGGUUGGUGAAGAUGGAGAAGACUCUGGACUUUGUGUUCGGGGCUGGGCCGCAUUAUUGCCUUGGGAGGCAGAUUGCUUACUUGGAGCUCUAUAAGAGCAUCGCGGAGCUGUUCUUAACCUUCGACAUCGGCCUAUCAAACCCUAUGCGGCCUUGGAAAUCCCGCGAAUACGGAUUCUUCCUCCAGAGGGAUAUGAUGGUGAAGAUUAAGAAAGUUGAUGGGUAG